AUGUUGUUACUACUUCUUUUAUUUUUGCCAUCAUUUUGCGAAAUUCUUCAAGUUGGACUCAUCGCGGCACCGGAUGAUAAUUCUGAAUUAAAUAUGUAUUUGGGAUGGUCUGAAGUUGCCGGAGGACUCGGUGUGUCAUGGGACCGAAUUAAAGAUUUACAGAUUCUUCCUAGUUAUGAAUCGAUGAAUUUAACCUGGGUGAUCAACUCGUGCAGUGAAUCUGAAUCAAUUGGAGCCGUCAUAAACUACUACGAUGCAAAAGCUCAUGUGAUCUUGGGCCCUCCAUGUACAAGACGUACAUUCUUAAUUUAA